UAGCAAAGUCAAACUAUGGAUCCAUCAUUUUGUUAUUACAUCAUGUAAUCAUAUAAUCAACCUCCAUUAUUUCUUGCAAAAACAAAAAAUGGAGUCAUGGUUUAUCAUCAUUACCAUAAUGACCUUCCCCAUUGCCGCUCUGAUCAAAGUUAUUCUCAAUGUAUUCUUUCAACCGAAGCAGCAAAUUAGGCUUCCGCCAUCUCCCGUUAACAUCCCCAUCAUCCGUCACCUUAUAUGGCUCCGGAAAACAAUCACUGAGCUUGAGCCGAUCAUCAGUUCUUUCCACAAAAGCCUCGGUCCAAUAAUAACUCUUCAUAUAGGCUUGCGUCCUACUAUCAUCAUCACCGAUCACUCUCUCGCACACAAGGCUUUAGUGCAAAACAGCGCGGUUUUCGCCGACAGACCACAAGCCUUUGCAACUGUUAGUAUCGGCUCUUCCUUAUACGGCUCGACUUGGCGCAUUCUUCGCCGAAAUCUGAUGUCCAACCUCCUAAAUUCUUCACGGUUCAAGUCUUACUCUCAAGUUCGUAAAUGGUCGCUUGAUAUCCUACUCAACCGCCUGGAAUCGCAGCGGAAAUCCGGAGACCAGAAACUUCCUGUUUGCAUUAUGGUAAAGGAUAUGUUUCAGUACACAAUGUUUUCUCUAUUAGUCUUCAUGUGUUUCGGUGACAAGCUGGAUGAGGAACAAAUAAAGGAAAUACAGAGAGUUGAGAAUCUGGUGCUGGUGAAUAUAGAUAGAUUCGAGCUCAAUUUCUGGCCGAGAUUGGGAAAGAUUCUGUUUCGCAAACAAUGGUCGGAGUUUUUGCAGAUCGAAAAGGACAGAGAAGAUAUACUUCUACCAUUGAUAAGAGCCAGAAAGAAAAUGAAAGAAGAGGGAGAAAACAAAACAGUAAACAAAGACGACGACGACGAUGAGUAUGUUCUAUCCUACGCCGAUACCUUGUUAGAUCUGCAACUCCCCGACGAGAAAAGAAAACUUACCGAGAAGGAAAUUCUAAUUUUAUGCGAAGAGUUUGUCAAUGCAGGCUCGGAUUCGACAGCUGCAGCACUACACUGGAUCAUGGCGAAUUUAGUUAAGGACCCGAUUAUUCAAGAAAAGCUAUUUAUGGAAAUUAAAAGUGUUGUUCCGAACGGAGAAGAAGAGGUAAAAGAGGAUGAUUUGCAGAAAAUACCAUAUUUAAAAGCUGUGGUUUUAGAAGCAUUAAGGAGGCAUCCGCCGGUGCAUUUUGUGUUACCACAUACAUUGAGGCAAGAUGUUGUCCUGGAUGAUAAGUAUUUUAUACCGAAAAAUGUCGAUGUAAAUUUCAUGGUGGCGGAUAUGGGUCGGGAUCCGAAAGUGUGGGAGGAUCCAAUGGCGUUUAAACCCGAGAGAUUUGUCGGCGGAAGAGAAGUAAUUGAUAUAAGUGGAAGUAAGAAGAUUAGCAUGAUGCCGUUCGGAGCUGGAAGGAGGAUUUGCCCUGCGGGACAUGGGUUCGCAUUGCUGCAUUUGGAGUAUUUUGUGGCUAAUUUGGUUUGGAAAUUUGAGUGGAAAUUAGGUACGGAUGGAGAUGAUGUUGAUUUGUCUGAAACGUUGGAGUUUAUAUCGGAGAUGAAGAAUCCAUUGCAGGCUCAUAUUUGUCCGAGGAUCAAAUAAGGGAUUAAGUGGGUUUGAUUGUGUGUCAAGAAAUAAAAAAGGAUUGUUCAAAUGCAAAUUUCACAGCUCUUUUGUUUGAUUUUAUUGUUUCGUUGAUUGGUCUCUUCAAUUCAAUAAAUGUUAUAGUAGUAGUUGACUGUA